AUGUCUUCUCCAUCCGAGGCUCAAUCAAAAACUGUAAAGGAUGACCACCUUUAUGCCUUUUCACCCCUGCCCCAGGAAGAUUCUGAACCCUCCCUUCCAAUAAACAUGCCUCCUGCCGAAGGUGCCUACGCUUACACUUUUUCUCCUCCAGGACUCCAGCUUGCCGAUGAAAUCUCCUCCGAGUUUUAUCCUUCACCAGCCAAUGAACCCGAGAACAUCUACGCUAAAUACGCGAAACUCGCAUUCCUUACGUUAGCCAUUUCGUACAUAAUCUUAACAUUUAGUCUUCCUCCACCUGCUGUAGUGUUCCAUCCAAACUCAUUUUCCAUAUCCAACUUCACCAUCUUCAACUCAAGACUGGCAGCCAAUUGGGAAGCAGAUUUCACAUUCGGAUGCCAAAACUGCGUCUCCAACUUGACAUCCGGGAAUGAUCGAGAAUGUAACACGAGGAUUUACUAUGAUUACAUUAAGGGUUACCUCUUUUAUAAUGAGAAUGAGGAUGAGCUUUCAACAGUUUCCAUUGAGCCUUUUAGCUUACGAGCUAAGGAACACAAAAGGGUUCAUGUGAAAUUUGGGAAUACCGGCUGGGAAGGCAACCAACCCAUUGUAGGAAAAGAAGUUGUUGAUGAAAUUGGUAAGAAAAUCGAACGUGGAAUGUUGCAUAUAAGUAUGAGGUUAGAUGUAUGGGUUACAUACAAGAAAUGGGGAUCAUUCUGGAAAAAUAAUCUUUUGGGGAUGCCGGAUUCAUAUUGUUGGAAUUUACUGGUUGGGGUGAUUCCUGAGACAGGAAUGGGGAAAUUGAUUCUUAGUAGGCCUAUGAAAUGCUAUCAAUGA